UUCCAUAGUAGAACUCGCAGAUUCGCCACUCGAGAGGCAGCCGGGGAUCUAAGCAGGACUGAGAUUGCGAUGGAUUGACAAUAAGUUAUUUAUUUCUCACACUUUGGACAAAUCGCGGUGGAUAUAAUGACAGUACUUCAGAUUGUUUACAUCUUUAUCUCACCUUUAAGGCUUUAGAGUUAAAGCCGUCGCGCGAUGCUGCCUCUUUCACGUCAUCGGAGCUAAACGCUCCUCGAGAUGUUUUGAUAUAUUUGGAUGAUGAUCUUUGUUUUUGACGGCCUCUGUGCGUCCACUUGAUGGGAACAUGUAUGCAGGAUUUGAAUUAGCAGCCUUUUAAGCCGAGCCCGCUCGGUGAACUGAUCUGACCGAUCAUAAUUUCAGGUGCUCUCUCUCUCUUGCUGUCAUUUUUAAACCGUUUCGAUGCAACAGUUGCACGUGUGUUUCUCGUGUAAAGCGGCUCCGGAUCCUCUUGUGUGAAUUGAAUGCACACAUUGUGAUGAGUGUGAACUCGAGCAUGCGACCUGUCUAUUGCUGUGCGCACGCGAGGACAUGUCAUUCCCAGCAUUCCCAUCAUCAGCAGCAUCAUGCGUCCUGAUGGCCGAAGCUCCAGCACCAGCAGCGGGUCUGCGGUCCUCGUCUACCCGUCUCUGGUCGUCGGUGUCUCGGUUGCGGUGCUCCUGCUCUUCCAGCUCGGCUCCGGAGAGCUCACUCUCACCUCGUUUUUCCUCAAACUCUUUAUUUACGUGUCCUUCGCCCUGCUGUGUUUUCUGCUGGGGAGUUUCGGGCUGCUGAUGAGGAAAAGCCCCUUGAAGAUCAGCAGAUUCGACACCACCAAGAGACAGUCAUCGAAGCUCGCGGAUCUAUUUAAUAAGUUAAUGGGCCGGUUCUGUGUUCCUCUGCUGGACUCGGCCCAGACCAGGAGGGUCGUCGUUUCUCUCAAUGUGGAUAAAGCCCUUAAAGAAGUGUUUGACUACAGCUACCGGGACUAUAUCCUGUCGUGGUACGUCCCGCUGAGCCGAGAUGAGGGCCAGCUGUACCAGAUGCUGUCGGAGGACUUCUGGGAAAUGAUCAAACAGCUGCGCAUGCGUCUCUCCGAGGUGGACGUGGUCAACCUGGUGUGUAACGACACGGUCAAGACCCUCCACACACACUUCUGCGACCUCAAAGCUGCUAACACACGGCUGGAGGAAGAUCCUCGUGCGUUCCCGCUGCACGCGUGUCUGAUGAGUCCGGAUGAGGAGUUGCGUUUCCUGCGCUGUUGUGCGCGUCUGCUAAUGCUGCGCCUGCUCCCCGUACGGGACGCCCGCUCCCGCAGCCUGCGCCUCCUGCUGGUGGAGGUCGUCACCACUAAAGUGCUGAAGCCGCUGGUGGACGUGUUGAGCGACCCGGACUACAUCAACCGCAUGCUGCUCGCCCAGCUGGAGCACCGAGAGCAGGUGAACGAGCAUCACAAGAAAGCGUACACGUACGCGCCGUCCUACGAGGAGUUCAUCAAACUCAUCAGCAGCAGCUCCGACAUACAGUUCCUCAAACAGCUCAGGUAUCAGAUAGUGGUGGAGAUCAUUCAGGCGACCACAAUCAGCAGUAUCCCACAACUGAAGAGACAGAGAGACAGUAAAGGGAAAGAAGCCGCUGCGCUGAAGGCCGACCUGUUGCGUGCCAGGAACAUGAAGCGCUACAUUAACCAGCUCACGGUGGCCAAGAAGCAGUGUGAGAAGCGGAUCCGGCUCCUCGGGGGCCCGAACUACGAGCAGCAGGAGGACGGGGCCGCGGACGAAGCGGACGGACCCCAGAGCCAGCGGAUCCUCCAGUUUGAGGAGAUCAUGUCCAACUCCGUGUACCGGGAGCACUUCCGCGUCUACAUGGAGCGCGUGGAGAAGAGGGCUCUGAUCAGCUUCUGGGAGCUCGUGGAGACGCUGAAGAGCGCACACAAGACUGAAGUGCCGGCGCUGGUGGGAGAGAUCUACCAGAACUUCUUCGUGGAGAGCCGGGAGAUCCCGGUGGAGAAGGCUCUGUAUAAGGAGAUCCAGCAGACGCUGGUGGGCAACAAGGGCACCGACGUGUUUCACCGCAUCCAGGGGGACGUCUACGAGACCAUGAAGGAGCGAUAUUACCCAUCAUUCCUGGUGAGCGACCUGUACGAGCGGCUCAUCAAACGAGAGGAGCAGCGGAGCAGCUCACAGUCCAGCAGCGAGGAGAAGGACGACACCUGUCAUGUGAUGGACGGAGCGGACGUGGUCCUGGACGAAGGCAGUCGAGGCAUCAACGAACAGGCCAGUUACGCCGUCACCAAACUUCACCAGCUGUACGAGAGACUGGAGUACAAACGCCAAGCGCUCGGCUCCAUCCAGAACGCUCCCCGGCCCGAUAAAAAGAUCGUGUCUCUGCUGAAGGAGGAGAUCUGCACCAUGGAGAAGGAGCACAGCGACCUCACGCUGCACAUCUCGCGCACCGACUGCUGGUGUGAGAACCUGGGCGUGUGGAGAGCCGUGGUCAGCAGCGCAGAGGCCUCAGAGGAGAAUGGAGAACAGACGGCGUGUUACUGUGUAUCCGUGAGUCUUUCUGAAGACGACGACUGCAAGAACAACCGCUGGAGCGUCACCAGGAGGAUCAGCGAGUUUCAGGCUCUGCACAGGAAGUUGACGGAGUGUUUCCCGUCGCUCAAGAAGGUCCAGCUGCCCUCGCUCAGCAAACUACCCUUCAAGUCCAUCGACCAGAAGUUCCUCGACAAAUCCAAAAAUCAACUCAACACGUUUUUACAGAAAGUUUUGACGGACGAGCGCAUGUGUCAGAGCGAGGCGUUGUAUGCGUUUCUCAGUCCGUCUCCUGAAUACUUGAAGGUCAUCGACAUCCAGAAGAAAUCCUCGUUCUCUCUCGCAUCCUUCCUGGAGAAACUGCCGGGAGACUUCUUCUCACACCAGGAGGACGAGGCCGAGGAUGACAGUGAUCUCUCAGAUUACGGUGACGAGACCGACGGGAGGAAGGAUGCGCUGGCGGAGCCGUGUUUCAUGCUGAUCGGGGAGAUCUUUGAGCUCAGGGGCAUGUUUAAGUGGGUGAGGAAGACUCUAAUUGCACUAGUCCAGGUCACGUUUGGACGCACCAUAAACAAGCAGAUCCGAGACACGGUUCACUGGAUCUUCAGCGAGCAGAUGCUGGUCUACUACAUUAAUGUGUUUCGGGACACGUUCUGGCCCAACGGGAAGCUGGCGCCUCAUAACAGAAGCCGCUCCGAGAGCGAACGCAAGGAGACCAAGGAGAGAGCGCAGCAGAAGCUUCUGGACAACAUCCCGGACGCGCUGCAGAAUCUGGUCGGGCAGCAGAACGCCCGAUACGGCAUCAUCAAGAUCUUCAACGCCCUUCAGGAGACCCGAGCCAACAGACAUCUCCUCUACAUCUUGUUGGAGAUGCUUCUGAAAGAGCUGUAUCCUGAGCUGAGCGUCGACGCCGUCCAGGCCUGAGUGUGUGUGUGUGUGUGUGUGUGUGUUUUAAUCUGUUCUUGUGUUUUUGGAGGAACAGGCCCGGUCACUCACUGCCAGCUGUCAUCUUCUGCUUCUCUCUUUCCUUUUUUCUUCUAGGGGGUUUUGCUUUGUAAUGUGAAUUAUGAGUGUAAAAAGACGAAGCCAGACCAAUGUAAACGCUCUACAUAUUAUUGUGACCAUUAUGAAGGCUUUUAAUCGUGCAAUAUGUCAUGUACAGUUAUUGUGAAGGUUCUGUUUGUGAUAUUAUUAUUAUUAUUAUUAUUAUAGACUUUUAUUUUUACCAAAAAUAGGCUAGAGCAUUUAUAAGCAAUAAAUUGCAAAAGAAGAUC